GCGCGCGUCAGUCACUGAGCACGUUCAGCUGUCGGACCAGGAUGAGGCUGACGCCGGUUGUCGUUACCGUCUUGUUAACGGUGUCGUUUGCUUAUUACGUUUACAUCCCGCUGCCUGAUGGCAUCCAGGAGCCGUGGAAGCUGAUGAUGCUGGAUGCUGCAUUCCGAACAGCCAUGCAUAUGGCCCAUUUCAUUGAUUGGCUGGGCUUCAAACACUACAUCAGGUCAAUCCGGCAGAGCACAGAGGGCUUUGAGGGCAUGGUAAAAGUUAUGGACUCUUCUCAGUCUGACGGAGAGGUUGUGCCUGGGGUUAAAGUCAGCGACAUUACCUUCGCUGGCAUCCCGGUACGUGUAUAUGAGCCCCCUGCUGGAGGGGAGGGCCAUCUGAGGAGAGGACUCAUGUAUUACCAUGGAGGAGGCUGGGCCCUUGGCAGUGGAAAGAAGGGGACAUAUGACAUGAUCAACAGGAGGGUGUCUGACGAGUUGAAUGCCGUUGUGGUUUCUGUUGAGUAUCGUCUGUAUCCAGAGGUGCUCUUCCCAGUGCCGUAUUUAGACUGCCUUGCUGCUGCCAAGCACUUCCUGUCCAAGGAGGUUUUGUCCAGGUAUGCCAUCGACCCUGAUCGUGUGGCUGUGGCCGGAGACAGCGCAGGAGGAAAUCUGGCCGCUGCUGUCUCUCAAGAGAUUGCCAUGGAUGACUCGCAGAGUGUGAAAUUCAGCGUCCAGGCAUUGAUCUACCCAGUGCUACAGGCUCUGGACUUCAACACGCCCUCCUACCUGCAGAAUGAAUACAUACCUAUCCUCUACCGAUCAGUCAUGGUCCGCUUCUGGCUGCAGUACUUAGGUGCAGACCUCUCCUUGCAGCAGCAGUUCAUGGCAAACAACCACAGCUCCUUACAACACUCAAACAUCACCCCUGAGCUGAGAGCACGAGUAGACUGGACCGUCCUCCUGGACCCGAAACACAAGAAAGACUACAAGCCUGUGGUUGUGGAGAAAGGAUCUCCGGGGUCUGUGAAGGAAGUGCCCGGGCUCCUGGAUGUGAGGUCGUCACCUCUGUUAGCUGGGCCAGAGGUUCUGGCUAAAUGUCCCCGCACGUACGUGCUAACAUGUGAGUACGACGUGCUGAGGGAUGACGGCUUGAUGUAUGCUCGACGCCUGCGGGACGCAGGAGUCACCAUCACCAGCCACCACUAUGAAGACGGUUUCCAUGGAUGUUUCAGCUUUCUUGAAUGGCCUUUUGAUUUUGAUGUAGGGAAGAGGGCGGUCAAGGUUUACAUCGACUGGCUCAAGGACAACUUAUAGGAGAGUGAAAGAGCCUUUUGGCUGUGCAAGAUUCACAGAAUUGUCCAACUGCUCCUUGAAGGAGAAUGUGAGGUCUUAAACUGGCUCAAGAAAAAUCUGUAGGAGUGUAUACAUGCUUUUGAGGGACUGAAUGUCUUUUGUGGGUGUGUUACUGUGAAACCAAAUGCACUAAUCCUUGCUUUAUGAAUCACAGACUUGUCCAACUUCUCUUUUUAAAAGAAUAUAAGCUCAGGGCUCUCAUGUACCUUUAGAUACACCCAAACCAGCUGGUACGUUUAAGGUUUACAUUCAAUGUAAAAGAUCAGUAAAGACCUGUUGCUGAAAAGGUAAAACACUCGAACAAUACCAUGACCAACACUGUAAGCAUCUAAUAAAAUCACAUACUGAAUACAUAGAAAUACACUAUAUGGACAAAAGAAUUCGGCCUGCCUGUUAUGCCAGCAAGGACUGUAGUGAUAUAUAAAAAGGUAUACUUCAAUAUGGAGUCGGCCCCCCUUUUGCAGCUACAACAGCGUCCAUGUGUCUUGGAAGGCUGUGUUGCUGGGGGAAUUUUUUCCCAUUCAUUCUGUAAAGCAUUGAUGAGGUCAGGCACUGAUGUUGUAUGAGAAGGCCUGGCUCGCAAUCUUCGUUUCAAUUCAUGCCAAAGGUACUGGAUGGGGUUGAGGUCAGGGCUCUGUACAGGCAAGUCAAGUUCUUCCACACCAAACUCAUCAACAUGUCUUCACAGCCCUUGCUUUGUGCACAGAGGCACAGUCAUGUCAGAAUAGAAAACCUUCCCCAAACUGUUGCCACACAGUUGGAAUCACAGCAUUGUCCAAAAUUUCUUGGUCUUCUGUAACUCCUCCUGCUCCACAGUCAGGCCAGCCCACAGAUUUGGCUGGGCCCCUGAUAGACCCAGAGAUUGGGCCAUCCCCCCGUCGAGAUUUAUUGAUGCAUCAACAUCAGUGGCAUUAGUGCUAGCAUCCUGGCUUGUAGAUCCUUCAUUCUGGAGCUGAAAAGCGUGUCAAACUUUUCCUGGGUGCCAAUGUUGAAAGUAUUUAUUUGUGCCACUUUUUAACUGCUUUUCCCUCCUAAUGUUGCCACUUUUAUAUGCCAUUUUUUCAUCAAUUUCAACCAAUCAGUUUACAACCUUUUUGCCUCUUUUUUAUUCAUUUUGCCAAAUGUAACCUCUUUUUAUCACUUUCCUCCAACAAUUUUUGCCUCUUUUAACACAUUUUUGCUACUUUUUAAUCCCAUUCCACCACCCUUUCUGUCCAGUUCUUCCACUUUUAAACAAUUUUUGUCCCUUUUAAACCUCUUCCACCACUUUUUCUGCCAACUUAGCCUUCUAAACUAAUUCUUGCCUCAGUUAACCCAUUUUCAGUUAAUCCCAUGUCACCACCUUUUCUGCCCAUUUCUUCCACUGUAAUCAAAUAUUGCCACUUUUAACCCCUUUAACAAUUUCUAUACCUGUUUUGCCACUUUUAUCUAAUUUUUGCUACUUUAAAAUCCCAUUUCACCACCUUUUCCAUCUACAUUUGCCUUUUCAACCCAUUUUAGCCAUGUAUAACCAUCUUUGAUUCUGUUUUUCAGAAAAGGGAUUUACAUUUUUAUGUGGGCUGUACAUACUACAGUACAAAUGAACAAGAAUGAUAUUUGUUGCUUUGAUAAAAGUGGUUAUUAUUCAGGUAAAAAAAAUAUUGACAUCACAGCUUUACUUUACAAUAGCUCAUGAUUUUGUUGACCUCCAUGGGCCCCCAGUCUGGCUGGGCCCCAGCAAGCUCUCCCCUUUACCCCUGCUUGUAGACGGCCUUAUCCACAGUCCAGUGUUGGUGUUCUUGAAACUACUGGGUUUUAAGAGGGGGGUCGUGGAGCUCUUUCUAGUUGGUUGCGAAUAACUUUCUGGAGAAAAAAAAGGAGCGAAAAGUUUAAGACACACAUCCACUCUUUUUUUUAACUUGGUUCUCUCUUGAUAACAAGUACGUAUGAGUAAUUUUAUCAAGGUUUUGACUAUUUUGAACUUUUUUUAGGGGGUCACAAAGCUGGUUUUCCCAAGAUAAUGUGGCAAUUCUUUAGGAAAUUGCCAAAAUAUUUCUAUAAUAGGAAGUAGAAAUGAAAUAUAUGCAUGUGUUCAGUUGUGUUUUGCUCCAUCUAAGGUCCAAACAGCAACAUUUUCAUUAUAUUAAUUUGAGUGGUUGAAUUUUUAUUUUCAUUUUAAAUCAGAGUGAUCGAUCACAAAUGUUUUCAAAUGGAGAAUGCAUGGCUAGAUGCUUUAAAUCUGAAUGAAACACUGAAAUUAAAUAAUUAACAGGUGUGGCCAAAUACUUUUGUCCAUAUAGUGUACUACAUACAGCAUGUCAGUUUGUGGGACCAAGAGGCACCAUUAAAUAAAAAUACUCCAACACUCUGGAUACCCAUAUAUAUAUGCAAAAGUACUAAAAAAAAAAUAUGCAUUUUCAUGAUGUGAACUCACCUCGCUGUGACUUCACUGAUAGACUUGAAAAUCUACAACAAAAUGCACUUUUUCCUUCCAGAGUUGUCCUGUCUGUUCUACACAUUGUACUCUUUCUGUAUGUAAACCUGUCCUUAAUUUAAAGAUGCGAUUGUAUGGGAAAGCAAUACUUGUGAGAAAUAGAGGAAUUUUAGUUUCAGGUUGCUUAAUUUGUGUAGCAUUCCCCCUUUUACCUUGUUCUUGACGAUAUAAACCCACUGAAGAUCUGAAAGGGCUUAAAAUAUCACUGUACAACCCAAUUAAUGCUGGCUGUGUCUCUGGUUUUUCUUCUGAUGAUGGAUAUUCUUGAUAAAAAUGGAACUCUUAUUCAUCCCAGUCUACUUUGAUUGUCAGUCUGUGACAUUUGGUAUUGCCCAAUAUUAUAGCUAGUGUAUUUUUGUAUUUAAGGCUUUUUAAACUGUUUGGACUCAGUUUGUCUUUUUAGUGAUUUGAGUUAUCACCUUAAGGGCUCUUCAAACAUGAGGUUUGAGGUUUUCAAUGGCAUCACUGUGGCUCUUUUAUAGAACUUAUUUUGCUCUUGUUGCAUUUUAACAUGAAUUGGUAAUGUAUCAUGGGAGCUGGUGAAGUAAAAAAUAAAACCCCCCUUCACACAGUGAAACCAGAACCACCAGAAACUGGUUUACUGGCCAUGGUAUUACUGUGUUUGAUUGGCCUGAACCCCAUAGCCUCCAUGCAAUGUCGCAUAGAUGCAGUGAAUUGUGCAAAAGGGACUCAAACCAAUUACUGAGUGCAUAAAUUAGCAUAAUUUUCCAGAAGAUCAACGUUUCUGUCUUACAAAUCCUUUUACUUUUCAGCAAUAUUCUAAUAUUUUGAGACUGGGAAUUUUUGCUUUGCAUGAGCUGCAGUUAUUGAGAUUAAAACAUAAAACCCUC